AAACCCAGACACUUACGAAAAGUAGGUUAGAUAUCAGACCGAGGGAUUGCUUACCACUUCAGCCGCGAGAAGUAAAAAAAUGGCUUUGAGCUACUUAAGUUCUAACACUGCAUUGGAUAUUCCAUACACCACGUACCCAGAUUUACUGAAAAGAAGAGCAGAAGAGAGUCAUGAUAAGGUUGUGUAUAUUUUCAUUGACGAUGACAACGCGAGAUUUGAACUAACAUAUGGGGACCUCUACGACAAGGCAAACAAGUUUGCCAAAACACUGGUUCAGAUGGGAGUUAAAAGAGGUGACAUUAUUGGUCUAAGUGGUAGAAAUGUCCCUGAAUGGCUUAUUGCUAACUUUGGGGUGCAGAUGGCGGGGGGAUGUCCGCUAUGUUUGCCCUAUCAAGAGAGGGAAGAUCAGAUUACCAAGUUGUUGAACAGUGUCGGGAGUGUAAAGAUGCUAAUCAUGGAUCCCGGUGUUGAGGGCCGAAAUUGUCAUAUUUCCGAAUAUGUCGUUGAAAAAGGAAAUGGCAAAGUAGAAUGUAAAUCUAUCCCUGCACUGGAAAACGUAAUUCUGUUUUACCCAAAUGAACGUAUAUCAUCAGCGUACACAGUCGCUGAGUUAUGCUCCCGCCAUCUUGAUUUGGAACUUCCAAGAAUCGACCCAGAAGACGUAGCUCUUGUAUCCUUGACCUCAGGUUCUUCCGGUCUCCCAAAAGCAAUCCCCUCUUCACACCACGCACUGGUCGUGUUAGCUUGGCACGAGCACUCACAACUUCUACACAGGGCGGAUAAAGACAUCUUCUACAACGACCGACCGUUCUCGUGGAUUGCAGGCUAUCCUGUAUGGGAAAUGGCUGCUUGUGGAACGCGAGUUACACUAACAAAUGCACUACAUUCGUCUUCCAUGGUUGAUGCCGUUAAAACUGCAACCAAUAUUAUUACAAAAGAAAAGGCGACUCAAGCAAUUUUGGUUCCAUCCAUGCUUGAAUUGGUAAUGAAAAGGAAAAUACCCCUGAAAAUAAAGAGAGCCAUUACUUCGGGUGUGGUGGCGCAUGCCUCACUCCUGGAAUGUAUUGAUGAAAUUUGCGACGAGUUGCAGGUUGUAUACGGAAUAACAGAAAUGGGUUUCGUUUGUUCAAGAGUUUUCACCUCAGAUGACAAAUCCAGAGUACAAGAUAUGUUACUAGGCGUUCGUCCGUGUCCUUGGGUUGAAGUAAAGAUCACAGACGACAAUGGGCAUCUUCAACCUGUUGGACAGAGAGGAAACAUUUUGAUUCGAAGCAAAAAAAGAUUUGCUGGUUAUCUGAAUCACGAACUUCCACCACAAACUGAGGAUUUGUUAUUGAAAAGCGGAUGGUUUUUACCUAAAGAUGGCGGUUACGUGUCAGAAGAUGGUCUUUUGUUUGUAGAAGGGCGGCUGCAAGAAAUGAUUCAAGUUUUUGGAAGAAAAAUAUACCCAUUCGAGAUCGAAAAUGUUAUCAAAGCAAAGAGUAAUGUUAUUGCUGCCAUUGUAUUGCCAAUAAAAGAAAUGGAAACGGGAGAUCAUGUUCCAAGUGCCGCGAUAAUCUACCAACCACAGAAUGAGGACUCCAUGGAGAGUAUGCAGGACUACCUCCGAAAAGAAUUCAAUAUAACAGAAGAAAACCAGUUACUUGAAUGCCUUUACGUUCCGCAGGUUAUCGUUGGGUUUAAAACAUUUCCCACUUUAGCAAAUGGAAAGAUAGAUCGUGAAGCCAUUCGGAAAACUAUGCAAAGGAAACUGACCAAAGAAUAAAACGCUCACCUAUCUUUCCAAUAGCCAUUUUAAAACGAUGCUACAAAUCUGCAAUGUACGAUCAGGAUGAUUUGUACACUAAUAAUAAAGGACAAUCUUCCAAAUUCUUGUAACUAAAUAUGAUGAAUCAAAUUUGAAAUUAUAAAAUCAACAAUUUCAUGAGUGUUUAGGGCAUAUAUACUGAGAAGCUUUUGUUGAAAAGAUAAAAUGAAAUGUAUACUUAUGGCAUGUCAAACGUUGCAAUAUUCGAUCUUUUCCAUUCGUAUUGUAUAAUUUUCCAUUUGUAUUAUAUGAUUUUCCAUUUGUAUUGUAUAUUUUUCAUUCGUAUUCUAUAAUUUCCAUUUGUAUUCUAUAAUUUUCCAUUUGUAUUGUGUAAAUAUUCAUUUGUAUCGUAUGAUUUUCCAUUUGUAUUCUAUAAUUUUCCAUUUGUAUUGUAUAAUUUUCCAUUUAUAUUGUUUAAUUUUACAUUUGUAUUGUAUAAUUUUCCAUUUAUAUUGUUUAAUUUUACAUUUGUAUUGUAUAAUAUUCUAUUUGUACCCUAUAAUUAUACAAUACAAAUUGAAAAUUAUACAAUACUAGUGGAAAAUUUUAGAAUACAAAUGGAAAAUUAUAGAAUACAAAUAAAAAUAUAUACAAUAUAAAUGAAAUUAUACAAUACAAAUGAAUAUUUAUAAAAUACAAAUGGAAAGAUCGAAUAUUGCAACGUUUGACAUGCCAUAUAUACUAGUAUUUUUCAAUGUUCUAGAAUGUACGACUGUAUAAUGAUUUUGUACGCCGAUUAUCUAAUUAGGUUUUUCAAAGAACUAUGUAUAGUGGCGUCGGAAGCAAAUUGAAUGGGGAGGGGGGACUAUACUUACCAAAAAUCUUGACAAGCAAAAAAAGAUCUGAUGUAUGGGUCAAUUUUGUAACCUACAAAUAGAUAUUUUUAUGAUUGUAUAUAAGUUUUAUUAAUGCAUGUUUCGAGAUUUUGUAAAGAAGAUGACUUCGUGCUGAUACAUUUUAACUGAUUUGUCUAACUUGCUGCGCUUACUUGAAGUAUGAUUUGUCUUAACACAAUAAUAUAAAUUUUUACUUAUCUUAACACUUAUAAAUACUAGUUGUGAGUGUCAUGAAGCAAUUAAAAUAUGACAUAUGUAAUUGAGGGCAUUUGUAGCAAAUUAAAACCAUUAUGUAUAUACAUAUAACAUGUAUAUACAGUUAAAUUAUAGCGUACAUUUUAUAGUGCCAGUUUAGGUCCUUUUUGUAUAUAGGUAAAAUCCUUUUUUGAAUUCUAACUAAAAUUAUAGUGUAAAUUUUUUGCUGAUAUAGAUAUUUGAUGUAUAUAUAAAGUAUAAAUGGACUACAAGUGAAAUAUACUUUGAUUUUAAGUAAAGAUUCAGAAAAUCUUAUUCUGCAACGAUUGAUUUUAUAAUUUUGUAAAUUUUAUAUAUACAGGUGUAAGGACGAUAAGUGACCUGUGUAGAAUAUUGACCGGGGGUCAUUUUUUCAACUUAGAAAAAUGACCCACUUAAUUGUAGAAUACUUGGAUCACAUAGUAGGAAGUAUGACCUUAGGGUCAUUUCCCUCAGUGUGGGUCGUUGAAAAAUGACCAAUAAAAUAUUAAUUAUAUGUUAUAACAUAUUCUAUGUUUACUUUUGUUACGUCCAAUAUUUGUUUCUUUGUGGUAUAUAAAGGGAUGGUGGUGGCGGUGGUGGUGGUGGUGAGGUAUUAUAAUGUAUGCUUGGUACUUAUAGAUUAUAGGACUUUUUUUCAAUAAAUCGUUUAAUCCCUUGUUUGUGAA